CUUGACUGAAUUUCAUUCAGUUGCAUACCGUUUUCAAAAUUAUUUGACGUAAUGACUACAUAUAACAUUUUGACUCUUCCAAAUUUACCAGUAGAUUAAUGUUUUUCACGUAAAUACAAUCAACUUCAAAAGGGACUUACAAAAAAAUAAAAAAUGGGUCAUUACGCUAGAGGCGAUUCAAGAAAAGUUGGGUAUAGUUCGGAGGAUGAUGAAGGUUAUCAUACACGAGCUCUUAUUUCUGCGUCAACCAUUCAAAGGAUGUCUCAUUUGAACUUAAGAGAUAAAAACAACAAUCGCGUGCGAGUGUCUGGUGAAGCUCCAUCACUUUUGACGUCAACAAUCUUGGAUGAAACAGAUUGCCAAUUUUGGGCUGAGGAUGAAUUGAGUAGUUCAGAUUCAAAAAAUAGAUUGGUUUCGAGAAGAAAAAGACGUCGCAGUGUUUCAUAUCGAAAUCGUACGAAUAUACAGAAAAGUAGAUCUGCUUUAUUUCAAUCUUCGAGCUCGAAUUCCAGUUCUUUGUAUAUAAAAAUGUCAACAACAGUUCCUUCAACUACCUUGCAAAAGCAGCGAAGGAAAUAUCGCCCCGAGAGACUAGCAAAAAAAGCAAAAUUGGAAAGAGAACUUUUCUCUUUAUUGCGAAAACUUGAUGAUACUAAAACUUGAAAGCUGAAAAAUAGGAAUUUUCAGUAUAAAAAUUGCUUAUGCACCUAGAAAUGUUCUCUAAGAUCAUUACCUGUAAAUUAAAGCAAUGUAAAAACA